AUGGAAGAACUUUUUUUGGAACCAAAGCCAAUUGAAGUGUUUGAAUAUCCUAAUCAAGUUUCAAAAAUUAUUUGGGAUAUAAAUCCUAGCAAUCUUGCAGAAUCCUCAUCACAAAUAGUAAAUCUAAUUACUGGCAAAAAAAUCUCGAUUCAAAUGGUACUUUUCUUAAUUGAUAAUAUAUCAACUCUCCGAGUCAAGUAUAUUUCUUCAUAUACAGGACUUUAUCAAAGAAUUUUAAAUGAAUUUUCAUGCAUAGUCAAACCAAUGAAUGGAAAAUUAGCAACAUUAUUAUUCAAUAAAGGAUUCAAAUUUGAUAACUUCAAACCUCAAAUGAAUGAAGAAGAAAUAAUCAACUUAUAUGAUAAAGAAUCACCUUUAUACUACAUUGCUUGGGACAAGAUUGAUGAGCUUAAAACCAAAUUUCCUACACUCGAAAUAAACCCAGAAAAUGCCAAUAUAAUCACACCACUUGAUUGCGCUUGCAAAUUUGGAUCUGAACUGUGCUUUAACUACUUGAGGAAUGAAGGUGCCAUAUAUACUGAAGAAUCUGCAAAAUAUGCUCUGCAAGCAGGAAAUCAAAACAUAUUUUCUCAAAUGGUUGACGAUAGUCAAUCAUUUGAUAAUAUGAUUAACAUAGCAUUAAUUUAUCGAAAUUACGAAAUUGCUGAAUAUCUUCAAAUAAAUUUUAAACAAGAUCAUGAAUCAAUUGCUGAAUAUAUGUAUUAUGGAGUCUUUGAAGUAGCUUCUUUUUUAUUUAAUCAUGAAUUCGAUAUUAAUAAGAUCUUCAGAGUUUUAUUACAAAUCAUAUCAUUCUUGGCUUUACAACAUUCUCUUUCUUUUUGUAUAGUUCUCUUGCUUUACAUAUUCAUCAUUGCCUUAUCGCAUUAUUUAUAUUAA